AUGGCCAAUUACGAUGAUAUUGGCAUUCCUAUGGAUGAUAAUGAAAUACAUUGGACAUUUUCUCAAAUUAAAGGUACAUCAAAUGAAACUGAGUCCCCAGAAGCUGAUAUAAUAUCUGCAGUGCAAUUUUCUGAGGAUGGUGAAUUAUUAGCUACGGGUGACAAAGGGGGACGAUUAGUUGUUUUUCAACGUGGUCAAAGGAAUAUGUACGUAAAAGGUAUAAGAAGUAGUGAAUAUAAUGUAUAUUCAACAUUUCAAUCACACGAACCAGAAUUUGACUAUUUAAAAUCAUUAGAAAUUGAAGAAAAAAUUAAUCAAAUAAAAUGGAUGAAACGUCGGAAUGCUGCUAAUUUUUUAUUAGCAACCAAUGAUAAAACAAUCAAAUUAUGGAAACUUUCGGAACGGGAAAAAAGAGUUAAAGAUGUAAAUUGGAAUAUUUCACCAUUUAAUGGAAAUAAAGAUUACUUACGCAAUGGUUUGAUGGUUCCAAAAUUAGAACAAAUGGAACUUGUUAUUGAAGCAAGUCCCAGAAGAGUUUAUGCAAAUUCUCAUACAUACCAUAUCAAUUCUAUAAGUGUUAGUGCAGAUCAAAUAUCUUUUAUAAGUGCUGAUGAUUUAAGGAUUAAUCAUUGGCAUCAUGAAUUCACUAAAGAAACAUUUAAUAUUGUUGACUUGAAACCAACUAAUAUGGAAGAAUUGACAGAAGUUAUUACAGUUGCUGAAUUUCAUCCAAAAAAUGAUAGUGAAUUUGCUUAUACAUCAUCUAAAGGUACUAUACGUUUAUGUGAUAUGAGAGAUAGAGCAUUAUGUGAUGGGCAUGCUAAAAUCUUUGAGGAACCAGAAGGACAUCAAGGAAAAUCAUUUUUUUCUGAAAUAAUUUCAUCUAUAUCUGACGCAAAAUUUUCUCACAAUGGACAAUUUCUUAUGACUCGUGACUAUUUAACGACAAAGAUAUGGGACAUUAGAAUGGAAAGAAGACCAGUUGAGACUUAUCAUAUCCAUGAUCAUUUACGUUCUAAGUUGUGUAAUUUAUAUGAAAAUGACCAUAUUUUUGAUAAAUUUGAAGUUGCUUGGAGUGGAUGUGAUAAUCAUAUUAUUACUGGUUCUUAUGGUAAUGUUUUUAGAACAUUCCUUCGUACUAGUGGACUGGAAUGUACAUAUGCUGUUGCCAAUACUUCAGAUAGACCAAGACUAUCAAUGACAUCGCGUCAUAUAUCAAAUGGUGGUAUAUUCCGUUACUUGUCUGAUGCAGAAGCAAAUAGUAUUAAUUUUAACAAAAAAAUUUUACACUUAGAUUGGCAUGUUAAUGAAAAUAUUAUAGCAAUGGCGGCUGCCAAUAAUUUAUAUAUUUUCCAAGGCAUGCAAGGAAUAUUCUCAAGAUAA